UAUAUAUAUAUAUACACACACACACACAUCUAUCUAUAAUUGAGUUGUCGGCAUCACAGACCCUUUUCAUUUUUUCAAAAAACUGAAGAGUGUUGCUAUGCGAAAAACCAAUGAUGGGUUUGUUCUUUCUUACAUCCUCCUCUUGGUUUCUACGUCUAUUUUCUCUCAUAAACCUGUCGCCUUUGGGUCCCCUGUUCAAGAACAGAGAUUUCAUAGGCCCGAUCCUCUGCGCCACUUCAAAUUUUACAAAGGCGGUUACGAUAUUAGGAACAAGCAUUACUGGGCUUCAGCAGCAUUUACAGGGGUCCAUGGAUACGCAAUUGGCGGAGUGUGGAUGCUCUGUGGGCUGAUGUUUGGAAGUUACUUGGUCUUUGCUAAGAGUUUCAAUGGCAGUAGUUCUUCCCCCACAGUGGCACAAAAUUCAAAUUCUUUGUACAUCAUAGUCUUCUUUCUGGUUCUUCUGUUUUCUUUCUUGGCCAUAGUCACAACCGGUUUGGUCAUAGCAGCAAACCAGAGCUCCUUACAAAGAACCAAAAAGCUAGAAGAAACUGUUCUUGGAGCUGGUGGCGAAGCUCGUAAAACCAUCCUAAAAGUAACAGAUGCCAUGAAUGAGAUGCAAAAGCUUUUACUUCCGUACGAUCCCAAAACCUGUAGCCUCUUGAAUUCGACAAGCUAUCAGCUUGGAAGGGAAUCGCGGCUGAUUCGAAAUUUCGGCAGAAAAUAUGAGCAUUCUAUCAGCAAAGCAAUUCAAAUUUCGUACGUUGCGAAUCUUGCAAUUGUUUCCGUUAACUUGGGAUUCUUGGCUGCUGCAGUAGUUCUGCUCUUCUUCCAUUGGCAACCUGGAUUUGUAAUUAUAAUUCUUCUCUGCUGGAUCCUUACUACGCUAUGUUGGGUUCUGACUGGCUUCGAUUUCUUCUUUCACACUUUUGCAAGAGACACUUGUUCAGCCCUUGCGAAUUACGAACAAAACCCUCAGAACAAUAGUCUCAGCUCAGUACUUCCCUGUUCAAAUUCCACAAAUUCAGACAAAGCACUGGUGGAUAUUGGUUAUACGGUUCAUAACUCCAUAAAAGAGUUGAAUUCAAAAAUAACCCAGUUUAGUGAUUUAAUUCGGUUAGAAGAAGUACAAGAUGAUAGUUCUUUUGGAGUUAAGAAGAUUUGUGACCCUUUCUCAGGUGCGCCCAAUUUCAGCUAUGCACCUGAAAAUUGCUCAAAGGAUUCCAUUCCGAUCGGUGCCCUGCCUGGUGUCCUUUCGAGAUUCACUUGUUACGAAGACAACAACAAAACAAACUGUGAAAGCAAUGGGAGAUUCAUCCCAGAGGCCUCAUAUCUCAUGGUUGGGGCAUACAGCAGUGCACUUCAGGACUUGAUAAACAUAUUCCCAGAUUUACAGAACUUGAUUCAGUGCUCCUUUGUGGAGGAAACGUUCUCGAAUGUUGUUUUGCAUCAAUGCAAACCACUUAGAGCCGCGACUCGGAGGCUAUGGCUAUCUGUGCUGUGUCUUUCCAUUAUUAUGGUGGUUUUGGUGUUACUUUGGGCAGCAAAAGCUUAUCAAGAUAGGGAAAGAUCCUUCUCUGGUUGUUCCAUCAUCCCCAAUCCCACUGUUUAAACAUGUAUAGAGACUACAUACUAGCAAAAAUAUAAGCUUUAAAUUUACUGAAGAAUAGGUGGUUAAGAUUUUUUUUGUAAAUAUGUUGAGAUCAUGGAGGAAAGUCCAAAAAGUACUCUCCCUAUGGUCCUUAUAUGAUUGGAAAUAAGGGAUCAAUAAUGUAGAUUGCCAAAGAGAAACGUGUAAAUAUGUACAUACCUUGAUUGUUUACAAGUUAGUAGUU